AGAACAUCGUCAAGCAGUAGCUCGAUUUCUGUUCUAGCUGCGAUGCCAUCUAUCGUUGAAUCGACGAAGCAGAAGAAGAAGCAAUUAAUAUAUUCUGCUGGAGUUGCAGAGAUCUUCGGAGACAAUUUUGAAGACCCUAUACAAGCGAACACAAGCAGUAGUUCAUCAACUUCGCUGCCUCAAUUUAAUGCUCAACAUUUUCGUCGAUCAGCACAAGCGCAAGCAACG